CCAUCUUGGAGCUGAAUAAAGUUGAUCCCAGUCUCUUUUGUGGCUUCUGUCAAAUCGGAAGGUCUGAGAUCACUAAAUAGACAUUUAAACCGACACUUCCGACUCCUGUCAGACUUCGACCUUAGGAAACACAUUAACCUAAACCUUCAGGCACCCGUUUAACACCACCUGAGCUCAUAACGACAUUAAAGCACAAGGAGCCUGAAUGGAGGCCCACGGUUCAGCACGAUUGUCCAGGAAGAGAAAGAGAGACGGUUCAAAUGGAGAGGCAGAGGAGGGCGAGAAACCCCUGAAGUUAAAACGAUGCACAGUGGGUCUGAAAUACCCGGCUCCGUAUGCAGAUCAGCUCGAGUCAAUGGAAGAAAAGCCAUAUCAGCGCGUCACCAUGGAGGAAGCUCGCAGAGGCACUCCACCCGACAGGCCUGUGCGUGUGUAUGCUGAUGGCAUCUUCGACAUGUUCCACUCAGGACAUGCACGUGCUCUCAUGCAGGCUAAAUGCCUUUUUCCAAACACUCACCUUAUUGUAGGUGUGUGUAGUGAUGACCUCACACACGAGUUAAAGGGCUUCACCGUCAUGAAUGAGGAUGAACGCUAUGACGCGAUUAGUCACUGUCGCUAUGUGGACGAGGUGGUCCGGAAUGCUCCGUGGACUCUCACGCCCGAGUUCCUCACCAAGCAUCGGAUUGACUUUGUGGCCCAUGAUGAUAUCCCAUAUUCCUCAGCUGACAGUGAUGAUGUUUACAAGCACAUCAAAGAAGCAGGAAUGUUUGCACCAACCCAACGAACAGAGGGUAUUUCCACUUCUGACAUCAUCACACGCAUCGUUCGAGAUUAUGACGUGUACGUCAGACGGAAUCUACAACGCGGCUACACCGCGAAAGAGCUUAACGUCAGCUUCAUCAAUGAAAAGAAGUACAACCUUCAGGAGCGUGUGGACAAGGUGAAGAAGAAAGUGAAGGACGUGGAGGAGAAGAGUAAAGAGUUUGUGCAGAAGGUGGAGGAGAAAAGCAUCGACCUGAUCCAGAAAUGGGAAGAGAAGUCCCGCGAGUUCAUCGGCAACUUCCUACAGAUGUUUGGACCGGAGGGAGCGUUGAAGCACAUGCUGAAGGAAGGGAAAGGUCGAAUGCUUCAGGCCAUUAGCCCGAGGCAGAGUCCCAGCAGCAGUCCCACACGUGAGCGUUCCCCUUCUCCAACCUUCCGUCUGCCCUUCUUCACCAAGACCUCCCCGUCCUCCUCACCCUCCUCACAUCACAGCAGCGCCCUGUCCGGCUACUCCUACGCCGCCCGCAAACAGGCCAUCAGCGAAGACGAGGAGGACGACGAAGAUUAGAUUGCCACCACAGCACACCAUGCAUCUGUCUUCCAAGACUGGCUAUCGAACCUCAGAAACGAAGCAAUCCUUAUACAAUCCAUCAGUUUCGCACACGGUAUUAUUAACAGAUAUGAAGGUUUAAAAUGGAGCGAAGUGUAGAAAGUAGUGACUGUUGGGUCAGUUCAAACUUGUGAAGGUUUUAAUUAUCGCCGUCAGCGAUGGGAUGGGAGUAUUCAGACUUCAGCGUCUCGUUUCGAAUCACGAGGGAUUGUUUUAGAAUGAGUGCACAUGGUAUUAAUGCGUUUCAGUUUUAAUGAUUUUAAUGUUCGUAUCAUAAUAUAUAAAUGUUAGACAUCUCAUAGGUCACGUGUCUCUUGGAAUGGACGAGAUUGGCUUGUAACGU